AUGGGUGUCCAAAAGAAGACUAGAAAAUAUGCGCAGAUGAAACUCGCCAUCAAGAAGCAUGAUGAACGUCUGAAGAACCCUCCGGCUGCCAUCCCUAAAGACAAGAAGAAGGAAGAGUCGACCAGACAAGUCGCCCAAGCACCAACCAACAUGUUCUUCGCUGCGAACACAGCCCUCGGACCUCCUUACCAUGUGCUCGUCGAUACCAACUUUGUCUCUCACACUAUUCGGGCGAAAUUGGAUAUGCUUCCUUCUAUGAUGGACUUGUUGUAUGCAAAGUGUAUCCCGUGCUUUACUGAUUGCACCAUUGCCGAACUUGAAAAGCUUGGUCCGAAGUACCGGUUGGCGUUGCGAGUGGCCAAGGACCCCCGGUGGACAAGGCUUCAAUGCGACCACAGCGGCACAUAUGCAGAUGACUGUAUUGUAGAUAGGAUAUCGAAGCACCGUAUCUAUACUGUCGGAACAAACGAUAAGGAGCUCACUCGCCGCAUCCGCAAGAUUCCUGGUGUGCCGAUUAUGAAGGUCGCAAGAGGCAAAUACACCAUCGAGAAACUGCCUGAUUCCUUCGACUAG